CGGAGGUCGAGUGACGUCAAUUUUUUAUACUUCCGCUUACCAGAACGCCAUUUUUGUUAUGGUCGACGUGCUUUAUGCGAUAACAAAGCUGUGCCGAUUGGCUUUUUCUUGUGAGAAUUACACCGAACAUGGCGUCUGGAACGGAGUCCGCAACAGAGACAUCAUACUGGAUCAGGUUCUUUACGGAUUCAGGCAUCCCAGCAGGUGAUGCAACUCACUAUGCUGUACUUUUUACGGACAACCGUAUCCAGAAGGGAAUGCUUACAGACCUGACAAAGGAAUAUCUGAAUGACAUGGGUGUUACACGUCUUGGGGAUAUCAUUGCAAUUCUCAAACAUGCAAAAGUUGUGCAUGAUCAGGAUGCAAAGGAAAAAGCCCUUAAAGGUGCCAAGAUGAACAUUUCAGUCUUGUCUUCAAACUCUCCAAGUUCAAGGCGGUCAACAGCUGCCAGUCGUAUGAUAGAUCAUUUUUUGGCAAAGGAACCAGAUGCUGCUCCAAUGAAUCAGCCCCCAGCUCCUAGACUGUCACUAGACAGUAAUGCUGCUAAAAAAUCCUCAGUAUUUGAUCGGCUGGGUGCAGAUUCUACAGGGCUCAAUGUCUCACCUAAAGUCACCAUGCCAGUAUCAGGAGGUGCUGCCACAGAGGGCUCUGUUUUCAAUCGUCUGGGUGGGAAAUCUGCUGUAAAACGACCAGCAUCAAGUGCAUUGGCAGGUGGUGAUGAUGAUGAUGAUGGUGGUGGAACUCCAACCAGCCCAUUAGAAUAUGCUGGUGUUUUAAAGUUCCCUACAGCCACUAAAAAACGGAAGAAGAUUCCACGUAAGAAUGUGUCAGUGACACUUGAAGAUUCUUCAGUCCCAGCCGUUUCUAAAUCUCCUAAGACUUCACUUGAGCCUAAAACUUUUAAGGUGACUGGUUUGUCAAAUAUCAAGCCUUUCAAAGUACAAGUGACAAGUACCACAGUGUCACCACAGCUAAAGAAGACUGUGAUCACAUCAUCAUCCAGCUCUCUAGAUGAUAUGCUGUCAGUUGCUAAGAAAAAAUCCAUCCAGAGAGCUGAAGUCACCACAACAUCAGUCUCGCACGGGCUUUUGUCUAUGGAUGCUCCAACACAUAAUGCAAGUGCAAAGACUCGGCUUGGGAAAAAAGUCAUCACAGCUCCAGCCAGCAGCACCACUCAGGGGUUUGGUCCUACUACUGCUGUUUCAAGUACAGGUGACAUCAAGUCAAGGCUGGGUCCCAAGCCUUUGCCAGCUGAUCCAUCCAGCACUUCAGAUGCUGUCUCAAAAUCUUUAGCAACAGGAGUUUUUAAACGACUGGGCAAGAAAACUACUUCCUGAUGUUGACUAAUAUAUAGUUUCUAUUUGUAUCACAUUAAUAUGUCUACACCAUCUUUGCAGAAAUUAAGAGCUGUCUGACAUGAGGGAAAAGGUGUAGGUUAGUAAGGAGCUUUACGAGGGUUUUGGAAGGUUGCUAGAGGUUGAACAAGAUUUGUAAAGCCAGCUAUCUGAUGCAGCUGCAUUUUAGUUCAAAUGGAAUAUCUUAGCAACUCCAAGAAGUGAUUUUCAGAGUGUCUCUUUAUAGGUCAUGCAUAUACAUAAUUGUUUUGAUUUUGUUUAAAGACAAAGCUUUAGUUUUAAAUUGUUUUGCAGAGAUGGCAUAGUUUUUUAGUUGCUUCGAUUGAUAAGACCAUUAUUGCAUACAAGAGAAAAGUGCUAUGACAAAAGUGUGUUUUGUAUUUGUUAAAAGCUUUGCUUAAGUAUUGCUGUCACUUGAGGACAAGCUGAAGUGGCCAUAUUCUCCCCACACCUCUCACAACCCAAUGUUUUCACUGACAGUUUGAUGUUUGAGAAAAUUUUUGAACAGGUACUAAGAAGUUGUGCAUUAAAAGACCUUAAUCAUGAA